UUUCAGAGCAAAUGGAGGAAUAAUAAUUAUAAAACCCUAAAUAAAUCCUUCACUCAUUAUGCAAUGCAGCUGCUUCUAUCUCUCUUUCAUUUCUUAAUUCUAGUAACAUUUUCUUUCACACCCAUUCAUUUUUUUUUUAUUUCUUUCCUUUUUUGAAUUGAUUCACUUCUUCAUUUCUCUUAUUCUUUCAUAAUCUUCUUUAACCAAAAAAGUUUCACACUUUGGAGUGAAUAAGAAAUUAUAAUAAUAAUCAUUAAGGACCCAGCCUAAACCUCCAACGGUAGUCAGCUUUAAUCUCGUUCUUAAACUGUAUUAGCCCAGCUUACUAAAUGGGUAGAAAUUUAAGUCCUGCUUUGCGCCAAGAACUAGCCAACCUAGAAAAAGAUGCAGAUAGUCGACGAUCUGCAAUGAAAGCAUUGAAAUUAUAUGUAAAAGAUAUGGAUUUGAAAGCGAUUCCGCUCUUUCUUGCUCAAGUUUCCGAGACUAAAGAUGCUGGUUGCUCUCCUGGGGAGUACACCAUUUCAAUCUAUGAAGUUCUUGCUCGGGUACAUGGACCUAACAUUGUGCCCCAAUUAGAUAAUAUUAUGUGUUCAAUUAUCAAGACUUUAACUACUAGUGGAGGAUCAUUUCCUCUUCAACAGGCUUGUUCUAAGGUAGUUCCUGCAAUUGCAAGGUAUGGGAUUGAACCCACUACACCAGAAGAUAAGAAAAGGAAGAUUAUCCAUUUGCUUUGUAAACCUCUUUCGGAUUCUCUUUUGGGUACCCAAGAGAGCUUAUCUUGUGGGGCCGCUUUAUGUUUGAAAGCCCUUGUGGACUGUGAUAAUUGGAGGUUUGCUUCUGAUGAAAGGGUUAAUGAGCUUUGUCUAAAGCUUGCUAGUGCUUUGGAGGAUAAGGCGACUCAAACAAAUUCCCAUAUGGGUUUGGUGAUGUCUUUGGCUAAGCGGAAUAGUCUUACAGUUGAGGCGUAUGCACGGUUGUUAAUACGCAGUGGAUUGAAUAUACUGAAUUGCGGGUUGGUGGAGAAGAAUUCGCAGAAACGAUUGACUGCCAUUCAGAUGUUGCAUUCUUUGAUGAAAUGCUUGGAUAUCAGGAGCAUUUUUUCGGAGUUGGACUCGAUUAUUGAGGAGAUGGAGAAAUGUCAAUCUGAUCAGAUGCCAUAUGUUAAGGGAGCUGCAUUUGAAGCAAUGCAGACAGCGAAAAGAUUAUUAGUAGAGAGAUCGCCCAAGAUCAGUUGCGAUGAGGUUUCAGUUACCGGCUCUAACUUCAGUAGAAGUAGUAAUAGUGGAAGGAGAAACUUGUCGAGUUCUGGAAGUCAGUCACCUUUAUCUGUGUCACCCGACUCACAAACCCAUGAUUCAUAUGCCGAGUCUUUCAAGGAUUCUCCAAUGUCAAUGAGUCAAGCUUCAUGUAAUGUUCGGAGAAAUUUCAAUAGGAAGCUUUGGAAACAAGAAAAUGGGUGUGUUGAUGUAUCUUUGAAGGAUGGACUUUUCUCGGAGAUUGCCCGCGAAAGCUAUAGAGCUAAUGCAUCAUCAGGACAGGAUAAAGGGUCUGAUAGUAGAAGUAACUCGAAUGGAUUUCCUGGGUUUACUCCAGGAAGUGUUGCGAAUGGAGCAAUAAGGAGCCGACCUCACAGUCCGGUAAAUGGAGCACUCAGAAGGAGGCCUCAAAGUCCAGCUAAUGGAGCUUUAAGAAGCCGACAAAGUCCGGUUAACGGAGUUCUAAGAAGCCGACCUCAAAGUCCAGCUAACAGUGCAAGGAGAAGCCUAACACCCAGCCCUCAGAGGACACGCUCUCAGAUUGAUGUCGAUAACAUCAAGAUCUUUAGUACUCCAAGGAAGCUCGUUAGCUCCCUCCAAGAUUUUGACGAAAAUUCAAACUACAUUGUCAAUCAAUCUAGACGACAGCGAAGUCCAUGCUCAGCUACAUACGACUGGAUCCCUUCUGCCAAUUAUAAUCAAAAUGGCUGCCAGCGAAGUCCUGUAGAUGUUUCCAGCAACAUCUCAAAUGGGUUUGAAGACCAUUGCUGCGAUUCUACUUCACCAUCAAUCUCAUCAACUGAAGAUGCGUUAGCCAUUGCUAAUGGCGAUAUCUCUCCUAAUAUGCUCCUUGGCGAGCAAUGUGAAUCGGGAAAGAUAGUGAAAACUUCUAAGACCAUGAUUUCGAGCACUUCAGGGAGGAAAAUUACCGCUUUGGUAAUGUUAUUCGUCCUUUUAGUUUCAGUAGGUUUUUCAUUCGUUUUGUUAUUUUGUGAGCAGGAUGAAAACCGUCGCCUAGUUCCAACCUAGGCAUUUUAGAUAAAUUGUAGUAUGAUUAGUGUAAUGCAGAAUGAGCAGUAUUUGUGAGACUAUCAUGUAUUAGUAUGUUGGGUGUAGUAAUUGUUUUUGUACAAAUGACUUCUCGUUAUGCAAUUAGCCUUAUUGCUCUA